UGGAUUCGGAAAAAUAACGUGGUGGAGAUAAUUGGGGAAGAAGCGUGCGACAAGACGAAGAUCAAAGAGGAAAAGAUGAAUUUAGCGGAAAGGAAAUCGUAAGAAGAAGUGGCUCAGAGAGAUGGAAAUAAAUCACAUCGCAUUUUCAGGCGAAUCCAAUCGAAACCAUUCCCCCACUCCAACCGAGAACGCCAUGGGGAUGAAGCUCUCAACGCCAGUCUCUUCCAAGCCCAAGAACAGCAGCCUCGUUAAUGGAUAUCAUAAACUACUGCAUUAUGUCGCCAACUCCUUCUUUCUCCGAAACCUCGUUUCCAAAAGCCGGCGGCGAAUGCUUGUUGCCGGCUAUGAUCUGGACAUGUCGUACAUCACGGAUCGUCUGCUGGCAAUGUCAUAUCCGGGAGAGCGUGUGCGGGCGCUGUACAGGAACCCUAUCUGGCAGGUCAGGGAUGUGCUGGAUACGAGGCAUCCGGAUCGAUACAAGGUUUACAAUCUAUGCAUCGAAGAGAACUACGAUCCCACACAUUUUCACGGGCGAGUGGAGAUCUAUCCAUUCGAUGACAACCAUGUUCCGCCAUUGUCAAUGGUCAAGCUCUUAUGUGAAAGUAUAUAUUCAUGGCUCUCAAGUGAUCCAGAGAAUAUUGCUGUCAUCCAUUGUAUGGCUGGCAAAGGUCGGACGGGCUUGAUGGUUUGUUCUUAUCUUGUGUAUAGUGGGAUGAGUGUAGACGAAGCUCUUCAGUUGUAUGCUCAUAAAAGGACUACUAACAAUAGAGGGGUUUCAAUACCAAGUCAACGGCGCUACGUGAGGUAUUGGUCUGAGGUGCUUCAAUUCCACAAGGAUAAGCUCGAUGAACCUCCUACGAUUAAUUUGCCCAAAAUAACUACAAGAGAAUUGCGUCGCAUUCGUCUUUACGACACAAUCAAUAUUAAUUCCGUCUUCUUUGUUGCCAUGGAAAUGCAAGAUCAGAUUGCCGGGCAACUGUAUCGUCCGUCCAUAGAAGUGGCAAAAGGGUGUUGCAGAGAAGUGAAGGAAGGAGAUCGUAGGAGCAACAGCCCACGGUAUUACCUCUCCUAUGUCGAUGAUGGUGGGAAUGAUUUAGAUAGAAUAGAAGUUGUUUCUCCUCGCGUUGUUGUUCAGAUGGAUACGGAGAGAUCGGCGUUGUACCAGAAGACAUGCCUUGAUUACUGCUUUGAAAGCCCAUUGCAGGUGGCCGGAGAUUUGCGAGUUGUUUUCUACGAAAAGCUGAUCGGCAGUCGCCUCUUUUAUGUGUGCUUUAACAUGGCUUUCAUUAAAGGCAGCAUGAUGCAGUUUUCGGUUCGGGAUCUGGACAAAGUUGGGCAUAAGGGUAAAUUCAUAUGCGGCCAAUCCUUCAGUUUGGAGCUCUUCUUCGGUCCAGCAAAUGCACUCUAAAAGUAAACAAUGGAUAAAUUCACAUCUUUUUCCCAAGCAAUUCUUAUAAUUGCUUUUUCCCACUUCAUUAACCUUCCUUCUGCAAAGUUUUUGUUAGCAUCGGAAGC